AGGGAGGGAGGGGGGUCUGGACAGUCACAGAGGCCAGUGCACGGCGGCGGCGGCACCUUCCUUCUCGCAUCCUGGUCGCCCGGCCCGUGAGGAGGCAGCGGCGGCCGCAGGCGCCAGCAGAGGAGGCGGCGGAGCGUCGAGCCGAGGCGAGUCGGACUGGCAGGAGCGCGCGGCCGGGGCCACGCAUCUCCACACUUGCACAUCAACUCCCGCGCCUUGCACCCCCGAGACCCGGGCUGGGGGCUCGGAGACCCUCGGUGAAGCUAACGGGAUCUAUCUCCAGAGCCCAACCAGCUCGGUUCAGAGCCUCCCGGGCGCAGGUCCCCCGCGGCGGGGUCCCUGCUUCUGCGCUCCGGACGAGCCUCCCGGACAGCCGGGUCCCCGCGGCCAGGACAAAGCCAUGAAGCCGGCGCUGCUGGAAGUGAUGAGGAUGAACAGAAUUUGCCGGAUGGUGCUGGCCACUUGCUUGGGAUCCUUUAUCUUGGUCAUCUUCUAUUUCCAAAGUAUGUUGCACCCAGUCAUACGGAGGAAUCCCUUUGGUGUGGACAUCUGCUGCCGGAAGGGAUCGCGAAGUCCCCUGCAGGAGCUCUACAACCCUAUUCAGCUGGAGCUGUCCAACACUGCCAUCCUGCACCAGAUGAGGCGGGACCAAGUGACAGACACCUGCCGGGCCAACAGCGCCAUGAGCCGCAAGCGCAGGGUGCUGACCCCCAAUGACCUGAGGCACCUGGUGGUGGACGAGGACCACGAACUCAUCUACUGCUACGUGCCCAAGGUGGCGUGUACCAACUGGAAGAGGCUCAUGAUGGUCCUGAGCGGCCGGGGCAAGUACAGCGACCCCAUGGAGAUCCCGGCCAACGAGGCUCACGUGUCGGCCAACCUGAAGACCCUCAACCAGUACAGCAUCCCAGAGAUCAACCACCGAUUGAAAAGCUACAUGAAGUUCCUGUUCGUGAGGGAGCCCUUCGAGAGGCUGGUGUCGGCUUACCGCAACAAGUUCACCCAGAAGUACAACACGUCCUUCCACAAGCGCUACGGCACCAAGAUCAUCCGGCGCCAGCGCAAGAACGCCACGCAGGAGGCCCUGCGCAGGGGCCACGACGUCAAGUUCGAGGAGUUCGUGGCCUACCUCAUCGACCCCCACACGCAGCAGGAGGAGCCCUUCAACGAGCACUGGCAGACCGUCCACUCCCUCUGCCACCCUUGCCACAUCCACUACGACCUCGUGGGAAAGUACGAGACGCUGGAGGAGGACUCCAAUUACGUGCUGCAGCUGGCUGGGGUGAGCGGCUACCUGAAGUUCCCCACCUAUGCGAAGUCCACCAGAACUACCGACGAGAUGACCACGGAGUUCUUCCAGAACAUCAGCGCCGAGCACCAGACGCAGCUGUACGAAGUCUACAAAUUAGACUUUUUAAUGUUCAAUUACUCAGUGCCAAACUACCUGAAGUUGGAAUAGAGGGGU